CUUGGACAACCACAUGCAGAAAAUACAACCACGCGAAACUUGGGAGCUGGAUUUUACAUACGUUGCUUUACUUGUUAUUUUGUAUUGUUCUCCAAUUUCAGGUUUUAAUAUUUUUAAUAAAACAUAUAAAAGUGAGUUGUAAAGGGGUGUAACUGGUGCUGAGCGUUUAGUUAUUCGUAAAGAUGGGGUCUAAGAAUCGUAAAUCGAAAAAGGGGGGUAUCAGCCUAGCCAAGAGGAAGAACAUCAAAGGGGGAAAGAUGUCUUCGGGGAAAAAGACUAAAAGUAAAAGUGUAGUUUUGGCUAGGCGUAAACUUCAAUCUGACAUUAGGAAGAAGCUUCACAAUAAGAAUAAUCCUCAUAGAGCAGGUGGACCACCCGAGGUGAAUAUGGAAGACGUUUUGGAUAUGAUUGACGAUGAGGAUUUGGCUCAUUUAAAAGGGGAUCAGUUUAAAGACCGGCAAUAUCUUGUGAAUUCACAAUCAAAGCAUGAGACAAAAAGGAAACUAAAGACAGAUGACGAUGAGAUGGAGUUGGAAGAACAAUACGAACGAAAACUCAGAAAGGUGGAAGAGUCUGAAAAACAGUACAAGAUGUUACUGCCCGUUAAAACAAAAUCUGGGUUUCACACGCAAAGAGAAGAGAUUAAAGAUGAAGAGGCUGACGACCGUUCUGUAGAGGUUGCUGUGAAGACGGACCACACUGCUCACAGAGGAGACGGUGAUGAGAAUUCGAUGGCGAAUGUUCUUGUCAGUUUUGGAAAACUCAUUGGAGAGAGAACCAACGCCCUGUAUCAGUAUAGGUUAAGAAUUGGAACCAUGUCAGCGUCAUUCCUUGAAGAUCCACAAAACAGAUUGAAAAAUCUCGAUGCACUCUUGAUGAUAAUGGAUGGAAAUGAUCCCAGAGUUUCAUUCAUAGUUCCAAAGUUGUGUGCACUGUCGUUGAUGAAAAUAUUUAAAGAUGUUUUACCAUCGUAUGCUAUAAAGCACUCCGGCUCUGAAGGAACAAAGCUGAAAAAGGAUACGUUACAUUUACAAACUUUCGAAAACAAUUUGUUGUCCAAAUACAAACUGUACUUGAAAAAGCUAGAGAGUUACGUGAGCAAGUUUUGUCCAAAACGGAGACCUCCAGUACCCUUCAGCGAUGCUGAAGCAAGUACUGGAACUGUGUCACUUGAGUGCAUGUGUGGAAUGCUAAUUAGUCAUCCAUAUUUUAACAUGUCGACAAAUAUCGCCAAUUUUUUAGUUCCUUACCUAAAUAAUUGGAACCCGUUGAUUCGGACCAAGGUAUUUAAUUCAAUCAAGUCGCUUUUCCGACAAGACAAGAGGGGAGAAAUUUCAUAUGAGAUCAUUCGUCGGAUAAAUGAUGUAAUAAAAUCUAAAAUGGCUGGAAAAGGCAGUCGGGUAGUUCAUCAAGAAGUUCUCAAUGUUCUGCUGGCAUUGAGAAUUAAAGAAGCAGACCUACAAAAAGAGAAAGAGGAAGAAACGCACUCGACAAAAAAACUUACUUUUGAACAGAGAAGGAUGCUUUCAAAACGCCAGAGGAAGAAAGCCAAAGAUCUUGUCCUUCUGGAGAAAGAAUUGCUUGAAGCAUCUGCAGAGGAAAACAAGGAACGAAAGUCCCAUUUUCUAACAGAAAUUACAAAGUUGGUGUUCACCAUUUACUUUCGAGCUCUCAAGAACGAAAGCAACUCACAAAUUCUGUCUUGUGUGUUGGAAGGGCUUUCAAAGUUUGCGCACGUAAUCAAUAUUGAUUUCUUUGACGACAUUUUAAAAGUUCUGGAAAGAUUGCUCAACGAGGGUCAUCUCAAACCGCGUCAAAUACUUCUCUGUAUUUCAACCGUGCUCGCAGUUCUAGAUGGGCAAGGAUCUGCUCUAACUCUUGACCCUACCUCAUUCCACAAACAUUUGUAUGCAACUUUGACAAAUUUGCGAUUGGGUAAAGGCGAAACUGAUGUUGGAAUUGCACUGCGUUGCGCUCGACUUGGUCUUGGAAGACACAAGAUGCCAGGUCCCAGAGCUGUAGCUUUCGCCAAGAGAUUAUCCACAACUGCACUUCAAUUGGAGCAUCAGGAUGCAGCCGCUAUUUUAGUGGAAUUAAAACAAAUUUUGCGAUUGCAGCCUACUGUGAACGUACUCUUUGACUGUGAUGGGGGUGGGGCAAGUGGAGUUUAUUUACCAGAAUUAGCAGAUCCUGAUCACAGUUGUGCGAAUGCUUCAACAAUGUGGGAGAUGACGUCGUUAAUGGCGCAUUAUCACCCAUGGGUUAGCCAACUGGCCAGGUCACUUGUGUCUCCCAAUGAAAAAAUGCCUUUAGAACUGAUGAAUGUGCUUCCUGAAGUUAUCUGCCAAAAAUUUAACCCAAGAAACACGGAGUUUGAAUUUAAUCCAUCCAUACCAGAGAAAAAGGUGAAUUUGCUAAAGUCAAAACAACGACACCAUCAUUUCACUCCAAAAACCGAGCUGAUGAAAGAGUUUAUUGAAGAAAUCGACAUAAAUUCUGACGUUACUAAAGAACUAGAAAAUAUUGAAUUUGUUUAGAUGUAACUCAGUAAUAUCAUUAAAUGUCAUGAAUUAUAGAAUCUGUUCCUGUUAUCAAAUAUGACUCGACUGAAAUUAUUGACUCUAAUUCAAGGUUUAUUUUACGUGAAAAUAAAUAGUUAGCAAUUUGACAC